AUGCCUGGGCUCAUCAACCAGACAAGCAACUGCCCCCUCCCACUCACAGCUUCGGAGGUCACCUCUUGCGUCAGUGGCUACGCCUUUGGGAUGACAGCCUCGCUCACCUACGGCAACUCUGAGAGCCAUCCUUUCGAAGGCCUCUUUGUCUAUCCCCUGGAUGAAUACACGACCGUGGUUGGCUUUGAAGCUGUCGUUUUCAGUCGGGGGGUGACCGUCCAAAUCAAGGACAAAGCCAAGAUAGAUGACUGCUACUUUGACUGCUGCGACGGACGGGCGCUGGGUGAACGUGGGCACAUUGUGCUAGAUGAGGAUCUGGAGAGGAUAGUCUUUGUGGUCAACUUGGGCCUGGUGCCGCCUCAGGAGAGCGUGUCCAUCUGCAUCAGCACCUCCUCAGAACUGCAGACUCUCCCCAGCGGGGCCGUGAGGGUCCUCCUUCCAGCUGUGUGUGUCCCCAAGGUCCCCCAGAACACGACCAACCCUACCAUCAGCCUCUCUGGACAUCACCUCCGACUCAGAGACAGACACUACUGUGGCACCACAACGCCAGAUCCAGCCAGUAAAUUCUGUUUGGCCCAGCUUUUGGAGACGGAAGCAACCAACCCCACUGAAUAUGACUUCAGCUUCUUCCUGGAAAUCAGGGGGCCGUGCUUGCUUGCAGGAGUCGAAAGUCCAACUCAUGAAAUUCGAGCGGAUGCUGAGCCUUCAGCCCGAUCUGCCAAGAGUAUUGUGAUCACUCUAGCCAACAAGCAUACCUUUGACCGGCCUGUGGAGAUCUUGAUUCAUCCCAGCGAGCCUCACAUGCCUCAUAUCUUGAUGGAAGAAGGGGGCAUGUCCUCCGCCGAGUACGAGCAACACCUGAAGGGGCGGAGCGAUUUCAUUAAAGGGACAAAGAAGGACCCCAGCGCUGAGAAAAAGACAGAAAUCAUCAGGAAACGCCUCCACAAGGACAUCCCUCACCACCCUGUCGUCAUGUUGAACUUCUGUCCCGACUUGAGGACUAUCCAGCCCAACCUCCGGAAAACCCAAGGAGAAUUCAUCUUCCUUGUAGACCGCAGCGGAAGUAUGAGUGGGGUGAACAUCAACCGUGUCAAGGAUGCCCUGUUGGUCAUAUUGAAGAGCCUCAUGCCGACAUGCUUGUUCAACAUUAUCGGAUUUGGGUCCACGUUUAAGGCCUUGUUUCCUUCCAGCCAGGCCUACUGUGAGGAGAACGUAGUCCUUGCAUGCGAGAGCAUCAAGAAAAUCAGGGCCGACAUGGGUGGGACCAAUGUCUUAUCCCCUUUGAAAUGGAUCAUCCGGCAGCCCAUCCACCGGGGCCACCCGCGACUGCUUUUCUUGCUGACUGACGGGGCCGUGAGCAACACUGGGAAGGUCAUAGAGCUUGUUCGGAAUAACUCCUUUUCUACCAGGUGCUACACUUUUGGUAUCGGGCAGAAUGCUUGCCGGAGGCUGGUGAACGGGUUGGCUGCUGUGACCAAAGGAAGUGCGGAAUUCCUGACGGAGGGAGAGAGGUUGCAACCCAAGAUGAUAAAGUCUUUAAAGAAGGCGAUGGCUCCCAUUGUCAGCGAUGUCUCGGUGGAGUGGGUCUUCCCAGAAACAACGGAAGUCUUAAUCUCGCCGCUCAGUGCUAGCUGCCUCUUCCCAGGCGACCGCUUGGUUGGCUACAGCACAGUCUGUGAUACUUCCCUGUAUGUUUCGAACCCCAGGCAGGACAAGAGGCGAAAGUACAGCAUGCUGUAUUCCCAAGAGUCAGGCAGCUCCGUUUUUUUCCACUCGCAAGAGGAAGGAAGCACUACAGACCACUGGAACUCUCCCAAGGAUUCGGAAAGCGGGUUCCCAUCAGACAGGACCUCGGGACUCCUCAGGAUUGGUGGAGACCUCGGGAGCGAGUCUGACCUUGACUCUGGGACGGAACUUAAAACCUCAUCCCGACGGAGGGCAUACAGCACCAAUCAAAUCGCUGACCGUGAGCCGUCGCGGAAGAUCCCCACCGCCAGCGAUCCCAGCUCUGCCCUGAUCAAGAACCCUCUCCGGAAAGCCCAGCUACAGGACCUCAGUCAGUUCAGCCCAGAACGGCAGCCCUGGCAGACAGAGUUUCAGGCUUCUCAGUCUUUCACUGUUAGCCCCCACGUCUCCACGCCAAGAAUACGGGGAGUCGGCGCCAGGCGUCCGUCUCUGCUGCAGCAGAGUCGUCUCUCGCUUUGCCAGGACUUGGAUUCGCCCCACCUGCAGAUCGGCACCCCUCAGACGGCAGCGGGGAAGGGCUCUGGCCAGCUGGAGGCCAGCUCGGUCCCAGGAUCCUUUUCAGAGAGCCGAAGCCCUGGAGAUCUAGAUUCUGUCCAGCAGCCUUCUUUUACCUUUGAAACUGAGACUUCAUCGCCCUGGGAGACGCAUGAUCCAGAUGUCAGCUCAGCCAGGAGUAGUUUGCAUCGCUCUCCAAGGUCCCUCUGCAAGGCAGUGGUGAAGGGGUUACAGAGCAACGAACCGGUCCAGUGGGAGAUCACUUUUGACAUUGGGCCACUUUUCCAAGACAGAAGAAGCGAGGAGGAGGACCUCUGGAAUGAGACCUUCCACCACUUGGCUGCCCGGUCCAUCAUCCGGGACUUCGAACAGCUCGCCGAGAGGGAAUGUGAAAUUGAGCACGGGUCCGGCCGACGGUACCAGCUGAACGCCCUGCAUACCAGCAAAGCUUGCAAUGUCAUCAGCAAAUACACGGCCUUCCUCCCAGUAGACCUGAGCAAUAACAGCUACUUGCCGACUGUGGUUGAAUACCCCAAUGCAGGCAGCCAACGGAGCCUGGGUUCCGAGAGCCGGAGACACCGAGGGUUCUCUGUGGGCCUGGGACGCACCCAGUCAGUCUAUGGGCAAGAUGGAGCAGACAAUGGAUUCUACAGUAUGAACACAGAAGAGAGCAGCCUGUCUCCAUGCAGUACACCAUCUUCCUCUGGCUGGGAACGCUACACUUUCCCAGAUGUUCCGCUGCGCAGUCCAUCCGUUUCCUCCCAGAAAUCCAUCGAGAGCCUCUUUACUGCCAGGUUGACCUUUAACAAAACAAGACUGCUGAAUCGAGCGGCCAAGGGCUUUAUGGGCAAAUCUGCCACCAGGACCAGCGAAUCGAGUCUGGAGAGCGACAAUGAAAACAUUGACUACCUGCCUCUCGUGUCUCUGCAGCUGGCCUGUGGCGCCUUCCUGUUGACCAAGGCAUUCUGUGAGGCCAUCAACAUCCCCAUGGAGAAGCUGAAGUGGACUUCUCCUUUUGCCUGCCACCGGAUGGCGCUCAGUCCCUCCGCCAGUUCCUACGACUCCCGAAAGUCAGGUGUGCUGGGGGAAGCCAAGAGCUCUGGAGGUGGCCAGCAGCUACCGUCUGGUGGCAACAUUCUAGGAGAAAACGGAAAACCCUUGGCUGACAAACAAGGGGAGAGUGAGGUGGGCCGGGCCCGUCACUUCUCCGGCAGUGCAGCCGAGAGCUUCUCCAAAGCCCUGAAGGCCGAGAACAAACUCUCCCCUCCUGCCAUCACCAUCCGGCGCUUUUCCUCCCCAGAGAAUGCUUUGUCACCUGAGGGGUCUCAGGCCGACAGUGGCAGGGGCUCCGAGACAGACAGCUCCGAACUACAGGCUUGGCUCUUCGACAUCGAACUCCAGCAGCAGACAGAACCGGAGGGAAUGCUCUGGGCCACAGCCGUCGCCUUGGCCUGGCUUGAGCACAGCUCCGCUUCCUACUUCAUCGAGUGGGAGCUGGUGGCGGCCAAGGCCAGUUCGUGGCUCAGCGAACAAGAGUUCCCGGAAGGCCGAAGCCUCCUCACGGUGAAAGCAGCGGCACAGCAGUUGUUUGUCCUGCUCAGGCACUGGGAUGAAAACCUGGAGUUUAAUUUGCUUUGUUAUAACCCUAAGAACGUUUAG